CUGCCUUAUGCAGCUCUUUAAGAUUUGAUCUACUUUGAGUUAAGAUUAAGAUCAUAGCCACUUCUGAUAAAAAUAAAACGAAAGAAUCAGGAACAUUUCUCAUGUCACAGAAUGCCCUUUAAUUAAUAGACAUGCUGUGCGAAGCUUAAUAUUCAAACAUGGUCAAAUAUAACGUUUUGAAGGCUAUUUAAGCUGAAUAAGAAGGCAUAUUUUACAUAGUUCCCGUCUAUGAAUUCUAAUGCUACAUUUAGGCUCUUUGUCUGUAUAGAAAUCAUCUCAGGACGGGACCCCCACAGUCUCCAGGGUAACGGGAGUCCAGCUCAGGCAUCCAGUGUGCUGCUGGUCUGGGUGGAUUAAUUAUAGACGGCGGAGGAAGCAGCACUUGUCUACUUUGUGAACAUCAUUGGGACCGUUUGUAAUAAGGAAUAUCGGAUGUAUAUUGACAUUACGCAUGGAUAUUAAAUAACACAUAUUGCUGGGGGUUUUUUGGAGGGGAGCGUUUUUCCAAGUGAGAAAUCCCCCCUGACCUGCACAUAAGGUUUUUUUUUUUUUUUUUUUUGUGAAUUAAACAAUCCAUGUCAAUAAGCUUAAGUAAUAAGUCUCCUGGCUUUAGUGGCCCGCUGCUCCCUGCCGGUGCCAACCCAUAAACCAGAGCACCGUCCAGCGCAGAGCCAGAGCGACGUCACGCGGUUAGGAGAGGGCGUCAGUGCGCCUUCACGGGCUCAUCUCACACACUGAGGCAUGUUUACCGAGAGGAGAGUUUGAUCCGACUUGCGGGGCGCAUGUGGACUGACUGUCACCGUGUCCGGGACCAUGAAGAAGAGCAACAGAGCCGGUCUCCGUUUCUUCCCCUCUGAGAUGUAAGAUGAUAGCCUUUGUGUUGAGUUUGAUGAGUUCAGGAGGAUUUUUAAAGGGAACAUUAACAGUUUACACAGAAGAAAUGUCCACAACUGCAAGUCCAACCACCCCCUCCUCACAGCUGACAUCGGAUCAACUCACAGUGGUCGCUGCGUCCUUUUCUUCUCUGGUGUUCUUUGUGGUUAUCGUGGUGCUGCUGUCCAUUAUUUACCGCAAGGAUCCUCAGUGCUGCAAACUGCGCUCCUAUCAAGGGCCACAUGCAGAUAUGGAUGCUCUUCCUCAGUACUACAGCAGCAGGCAGACACUGGUGGGGUCUCCUUGUCUCGAGCAGACUCAGAUCAUGGACGACACUCAGCAGGCGGGUCAGCUUUUCUACGUCGGCCUGCCCUCCAGCUACAGCCUGCCCACACUGGAGGCCCCCCUGCCGAGGCUCCCCUCCUACGAGAGUGUCCGAAAGAAGGACCGCCAGAGGCAGAUCCACAUGAUGAUCGCGGACCGCUUCGGCCUCAAUGGGCCCAUUGUGACUGAGCCUCCUCCAACAUAUGAAGAGAGCAUCCGCCAGUCUUUGGAGCUGCCAUACAACAUCCUCUCAUCCAGUCUGGACAUCUCAUCUCCUCAGAGCAUCUACACCAACACAGGACCCGACACACCUCAUCCAGUCAGCUCCGACCCCGACAGCCCUGUUCUACCUGUGUGAUGCUGAUCAAGUUCUCAAGCUGCCUGAUGAAUGCGAAAUACAGUUUUAUACAGAUGGAUGUUUACCAAAACAAUGUGAGUGUUGAAGAUUGAUCACGAGUGGAUACUUCACGGUUGGCACGAGCUGAUUCAGAUACCUCAAGACUGAGUUUAUGUCGAGAGACAGCAAAUAGUAGUGUGCACCCUUCAGGAGAGGCUGUACACAUCUGAAUGUUAAAACACUUUGUGACAGUUGACUCUACCGUGCUGAGAAUCACUGGAUAUUAAGACUGACUGAGGUGGCUGGUACAUCUACAGGACUACAAAAUACCAAAAAGGGAACCACUAUUUACUUUGUUGAUUAUAUUCUGUCGGUGAACACUGGUCUUUAUUGUUUGCUCUUUUAUUCUGCUGUUCCUGAGCCACGAGGCAUUGUUGUCUGGUUUAUCAGAGACCUGUUUGAUUAUGGGUUGUUGUAAAGGAUGUUUCUGUACCCUGCUGAGGCUGAAUGUGGUUCAGCCUGUGGGAGUGAGAAUUAAAAUAAGGUGCUAAUGAAAGUGCCUUCCAUGAAGUUAUAAUAAGACACAACAAACGUGUGUUUUUUUUAACCACUUUGCUUCUGUUAAGGCAUAUCAUGGAACUGAUGGUGAUUUCUUAUUGAUGAAACAUUUAUCCUUUAUAUUGAUAUUGGGUCUGUUAUAGUGCUCUCCAGAAGACUUAAGAAUGAAGUGGAGUGAACAUAAAAUGAACCUGGUUUUUUUGUUGUUUUUUUUUUUUUAUCCCACAAGGUUCCUUCCUACAACCUACCAUGCACACAUGCCAAAUGUUUGUCCUGCACAUUGUCAUGUACUGUAUUUAUUGAAGAAAAAAUAGUGACUACACAUUAUUUCUCAUGUAAAAACAUAAUAACAAUAAACACUUUUAUUGUUUUGUU